CUUGAAGUCUUCAAGACCAAACACCGUAACGUCGUUGACUGACUUUUAAGUACAAGUCUAGUAUGUAGUACUAGGAGAACGACGUUGUACUAGUACUUCUAGGUCCAAUUUCGAUUGUCAUAAUAUUGUCUAUCAGUAUAAUCAGUUGAGCCAAAAGAGUCCGAAAAAAAUGUUCGGUGGCCCAGGUUCCUCGUUGGGGACAGGCACUUCGUCUUCCUCCACUGCUCCUCCUUUUCCCGCUCUAGAAGCUAGUGCCCAAGGCCUCGCCCAACUGCUGCUCAAAACGGCGUCCCAGAAUGUCCAGGAGAUCAAAGCUGCUCAGCAGGAAUUAGAGCGAAUGGAAGAGACCAUGCCACAAUUUGGCGUCAGUCUUUUGCAGUUGCUCCACACCCUGUCGCAAGCAGCAAGCCAAACCCUGCCUGCGGUGAAUCCCCAAGUGGAUGCAAUAUCACAUGCAGGUGGAAUCUACUUCAAAAACUACGUGAAGCGGAAAUGGCCAUUAGCGAGCGGUGGAGUGCCUGAAGCUGAUAGGAAGCUGAUAAAGCAAAACUUAGUGGCGCUGUUGAUGAUGGCGACGAAGCAAGUGCAGGUACAGAUUUUUAGAAGCUCUAAAUUGCUUCGUAAUUUGUCUAGAAGUACUUUCUCCAUGUAAAGAAGACACUGACACGACCAGCUAAAGCACCUGUAUCUUAUCCGUUUUUUGAUUUUAAGUAACCAUUUUUCUUGAUUCUUUCCAAAUCCAAAUCCACACCUCCACACCUCCACACCUCCACAGCGCCAACUCAGCGCCUCCAUGGAGCUCAUCGCCGAGUGUGAUUUCCCCUUCGAAUGGGAAAAUCUUAUCCCCGAUCUGAAGAACUCGUUGAGGACAGUUCCGCAUCAGAAAGCCGUCAUUCUAGAAGCUUUAGAGCCAGUGUUGAGAACCUUCGAAGACGCCGUUAGAUCUACCGAUGUGCUGCGUAGCAUCAAAUAUUGUGUCGAAUCCUUUGCCGCAGAGCAUCUGCAGUGCUUUAGGGAAAGCUGUCAGCGACUGCAGAGUCCACAAGCGUUGAGUCUAGAGCAGCAGGAGUUAGAACUGCGCGCUUUGGUCAGUUGCUGUGCCCUGUUUCACUCCUUAAAUGUAGUCGAUUUGCCAGAAGAGUACGAGGACACCAUGAAGGAUUGGUUUGGGGGUUUUCUCCACUUCCUCAAAGGAGCAGAGCAUCAAUCUAGUGCAACCGUCAGGAGCAAACCAGAAUUGUGGGCAAAGCUGCGAACACAAAUCUGCGAAAACCUGAGCUUGUACGUGACGAAGUACCAGGAAGAAGUCAAGGAUCAUGUUACUUCUUGCACUGCUGGAGUGUGGCAAUUACUGUUGGACUUGGAAGCGGCAAGUGGUGGGAUGUCGCCUUCUGGUGACGACGCUCCAAACGACCUUCUAGUGGCAUCAGGGAUCAAAUUUCUUAGUGCCGCAGCAGGACAGAAUUGGGGUGACGCAAGCCCCUUUGCGGAUCAACACGCGUUGAAACAAAUCUGCGAGAAAAUUGUAAUUCCGAAUAUCAAACUGCGACAGUGCGACGUGGAACUUUUUGAGGAUGCGCCAUUGGAGUACUGAUUUAUAGUUUUUUUCUGCAUUCAACCUAGAUGUAGAUGUUCGGAUUUAAUCUAGAUGGUCGUGUCGUUUCCCUGCUAAACUAACUACAGGAAUAUACUUUGUCAAAGUCAAAGUCGAACCACGCGUUCUUUCCUCCCCACAUCUACAGCUUCAUUCAGCGUGACAUCGAAGAAGCCGAUCAAGACACGAGGCGCAAAGCCGCCAUCGAUUUAGUGAAAGCCUUGAUGCGAUUCCAGGAGAAAACAAUCACUGACAUCCUGAUGGCGCAUGUCCGGGAAUUGCUCACAAAUAGCAAUGCGUUAGCGUCAGCCCAAGAGCGGUUCUAUUCUAAGGAGAGCUGUAUCUAUGUCGUGAUGGCUAUGGCAGUCAAGGGAAGCACAAGGGCGCACGGAUGCACGAUCGUCAAUGGAGCGGUAUAGAUACAUCUUUUGUUUUGUGUGUUUCUUCGUGGGACCUUCUUUCGUACUACAGGUCUUUUGGUGAAGAUAAUACCAGUUCUUGUCAUCAUCUCUUUUGCCUACUUCCUUUUCCAACUGCAACUACUUAAUCCUUCCAGGUCCCAGUCCAAGAAUUCUUCGAACGCGAGGUCGUCCCAAUCCUGCAAGGCCCUAUACCCGCAACGGAGGAACAGGCAUCAAAAGAGGAUUUCCCUCCCCUGCGCGCUGCCUGUAUGAAGUUCGCUACGACGUUUCGGACCGUGUUAUCUACACCAAGCCUCAACACCGCUUUGCCUUUGAUCGCCAAGCACGUUCAACACCCGUCAGCCGUGGUGCACACUUAUGCGGCGCAUGCGGUGGAAAAAUUGGUCAUUUCCAGGGAUUAUGGUGCACCACAGCCGUGUAACUCAGCGGCUACUGCUGGAGUGAAUUUCGCUGUUGGCACAGGCGGAGGUGGCACAACAAGUACCCAAUUGCAGAUCAACACGAUGCAAGCGAAUGCGCCAUGCAAGUUCGAACCCAACGAAGCGACUAAGGGGUUGCUGACUGGCAUGUUGGAGCCGAUUAUCACUUUGCUGUGCCAGAAACAGGGAAUCGAGCAGAACGAGUAUUUGAUGAGAUGCGUCGUGCGAAUCUUCAGUUUUUUGAAGCAGUUAGCAGUCGAAAUCGCCACUCCGAUGUUGAACAAAGCGACCGAACUAAUGGAGCAAAUAGCUGCGAAUCCUAAACAUCCCCAUUUUGCGCAUUUCCUCUUCGAAGGCGUGGCUGUUAUCAUUCGAAUCGCUGAACCAACUGGGAAACUAGUUGAGGUCGAAGACAAGAUGCUCAAAGUUUGUGGGGCGAUAUUACAAGGGGAAGUGAUGCGGGACUUUUUGCCUUACGUUUUUCAGAUUCUUGGGCUGUUGCUGGACAGCACGAAGGAGGUGAAGCCAGUGUAUCAAGAAUUGUUUGGCGUUUUGAUGAUGCCGGAGUGGUGGAGCAAGGUCCCGAAUAUACCAGCCUUGGUCCGGUUGUUGAAGUUAAGACUUGUGAUAGUCUAUCACUGAUAGAUCCUUGCUUCUGAGUAAGUAGUAGAGUCAAUGAUGACACGUAAUGUGAGAAUUACCGUGGAAGCCGAACUCUUCAUACUCGCGUAGAUCAUAUCCCAGAGAAUUUCUAUAAUUUCAAUCAUUUUCUUAGUUGACGGAUUUUCAUGAUUGCGUUCCUGAAACACAAUUCCUUUUCUUCUGCUCCUGCUCUAAUUUCUGCCUACCUCAAUCGCCAUACCCAUUUCCGCGCGUUGCUGGAUUCCCAAAUGGACACUAUUCUACGACGAUUCGAAGCUCUGUUAAACCACAGGCGAAGUGACGGCGUAGCUUUCGACCUUUUAGCAGCAAUCUUUGCUUUCUUGCCCUUGGAAAUGUACGAGAAGAAACUUUCGAUCGCUAUGAAGGUCGCACUUUCAGCGUUGAUGCAACGGAAGCACGAUGUGAAGCUCAAGAAACACUUCGUGUUGGCGAUUGGAGUGUUUUCGGUAACAAUUAUAAAUAUAUGUUGCUAUGUUUAUGUGUAUCAGUAUCUAUUUUUUUGUUUAAUUUAAGCUAGAAAUUAAUAAUUUGUUGGAUUUUCAUUUUUGUUUUUCCCUAGGAGCAUGUUGCAGGAGCAGCAUGAGGUGUACCAUUUCAAUUUCCCUCACCCUCAAUCAAUCUCAAACAUCAGCAUAAGUACGGCGCAGAAGCAGUUGUCAAGCUGAUAGAGAGCUUGCAAAGCGGCCUAGCAGCUCAAAUUGUCGAGAAUGUAUGGCUGCCUGCCUUGGAUCUGAUGCUCUUACCGUCUGAGCGCAAAAACGCCUCCAUUUCGUUGGCGAGGAUCCUCUUUGUUGUUACUCUUUCGCCAGCCGCAACGCAGCUGGCGAUGGGCAAGCUUGCGCGACUCUUAGGCUUAGCGGGGACUAGUGGAGGCAUUGGAGCGGAAGAUGGAGGACAGAAAUACGACCUAAGUUUCGAGGGCACGUACAGUAAGCUGUCAAACGCGGAUGCGGCUGACGGAGGCGAUUACUUCAAGGAGAUAGGGGAUUAUCGAACUUUCGUGAAGCAACAGUUGCAGCCUUUUGUGGGACAGAUCCAACAAGCACAGAAGAAUCAACAAGCCUCCGCAAUGACUCUUCCUCAAGGCGAUAACAGCAAGAAGGUUGCUGCGCGGGGUGAGGCGGAACGCUUGCAAGCAUUAGUGUUGUUUUUGCAGUGAAGUGAGAAGGGUUGAAGCUUGUUCUUAGGGUGUUUUUGCAGUGCUGAAGCUUGUUCUUAGGCAGCUUCUUCUACUGAGGGUGAGGUCACACCGAAAAAGAAUUAUAAGUGUCACACCACAACUCCUGAGUCGUGCGCGCCAUGUCAAUGAAUAUUCAGGUGGAAGAAGAUAAUCACACGUAAACGACACAGACUCACAGGCUUUGCUUGUCGUCCCACAAGAAUUCUUAACCUUAUGAUGUCACCCUCUAGAUACAAUUAUAGAUGAAAAACGCAAACAACAAGAACAAUUGUCCUUCUGGAAGGAAAGGUGCUUUCGUGGGAAAAAGCGAAG